AUGAUGCCCUUCUUCAUCUACUACUCCAUGUUUGGCUUCCAACGCGUGGGCGACAUCAUUUGGCAGGCCGCCGAUGCGCGCGCACGCGGAUUUCUUCUGGGUGCCACUGCUGGACGAACCACCUUGAAUGGUGAGGGGCUUCAGCAUCAGGAUGGCCAUUCCUUGCUCAUUGGUGUCAGCAAUCCCGCAGUGAUUGGAGCAAUUUUGGGUUCAAGCAAUUCAAUUGUCGAAUGUUCCCUCCGGAAGCGGACGGGAGAAGCGAUGAGUCGAAAAGGCAGUUGGAAAGGUGGCAAGGCUUGGAGUCAUGGAUAUGAAGAGACCACUGUAGUUCUCACAGGUCUGCCCAAGACCCUGAACGCCGAAAUUCUGCUGUCACUUCUGGAUCAAGAAUAUCUUGGUUGCUAUGACUACUUUUAUUUACCCAUGGACAUGGACAAGUUUGAGAAUACCGGCCUAGCAUAUAUCAAUUUCCGCGAGCAUAGCAAGGCGGUGGAAUGCCAACGCCAUUUCAGCGGCUUCAGCGCAUGGCCGGGAGGGCAUUUCAGUGAACGCAGUUGCAGGGCUCAAUGGUCCUCAAUCCAAGGGUAUGAGGCCAACAUCCAAAAACAGCAAAAGCUGACUGACUGGGUGAAUUCCAACAUCCCUGAGGAUUGCAAACCCAUGGUCUUUGAUAGCUAUGGAACUCGCCUUCCCACCAUGGAAAUCUUUCCGUCCUGGCAGGAUUUUGAGGACUCCUCUCGGGUGUAUCAUGGAUGGAGGAACUCCGAAACGCAUGAGGACCACCGCGGCUGGUGGAAAGAUGAGUGGUAUGGUCGCAACGGUGGCAACUCUGGAGGCUACGAUGCUUGGAGGAAUGGCAAUGCUGGCAAUGCUACCAGCGAUUGGUCCGGAUCGAUCUACAAAGAUCAGUGGUCUGAUAGAGACAGAUCUGACUGGCGCAAGGAGAACUAUGACACAGAUCGGAAGUGGGACCGUGACCAUGGUGACUCGCAAUGGAACAGCUCAGGUGUGCGCUGGAAUGGCUGGAAUGGACGACAAGAUGCCUGGUCCAAUGGUCACAGUGAGAGUCAAAUGAGCCAAAGACAAGUCUUGAUCAAAGAAGCCUCCAAUUCCAAUAUUUCCAAUGGAAAUGGGAUGUGGGCCUAUCCCGACUAUGACGCACUUCAGCAAGUCACCGAUCACAUCACCGGCGUCGAAGUUGACACUGGGAUAGCUGACCUUUCCGCAGAGAUCAGCGCCGAGGUGCUGGAGUUUCUCCAGAAUGAUCCAAAUGAUCCAAAGGCUUCCAAUGAUGAGAUCAUCGAAUUCUAUGACGUCCGAAACGUCCAAGUGCCGGCCGAACAGGGCUGUCUUUUGGAGUCGACCACUGGGACCAGAGCGUCCCGGAUGCCCCAAGUCCCACCGUCCGUGUCCGAGGCUUCCAUGAUGGCUUCGUUGGUGGCAGCCGUGGCAGUCACCAGGUAUGCCUGCCCCAGCUGUAGUGCCUCCUUUGCCAAGUGGUCAGCCUGUCAGAAUCACAUUUUCAAUGAAGCCAAGUGCCGCAAGGAAGUGGAGACGUUGAGCUCGCUUGGAGACCUGCAACAAAGGUGCAAAGAAAAGGCAGAGGAGUUACCACCAGUUGACCCGUUGAAUGGUCAAUCCAAUUCCGAGAUCGCACAGAGUGAGAGACGUUUUCAGUGUUGGGAUCCCUCCUUUGCAUACGAGGUGUCUUAUAUCAUCGAGCACGGCAUUCAAGAGAUGUGGGGCAAAGACAAGGAUUUGAUCUACUACAUCUCCCUGUACAAUGAGAAUCACCCCAUGCCAGAGGUCCCCGCAGAUCCUGUGUGGAAGGAGCAUAUGCUGAAGGGACUCUACAAGUUUCGUCCAGCGAAAGAGGGCAUGAGCCACACCGUGAGGUUGAUCGGUUCUGGCUCCAUCAUGCAGCAAGUUCUGAAGGCAGCUGACAUGUUAGAGGACUUUGGAGUGGCCUCCGAAAUUUGGAGCGCCACCAACUACGGAGAGCUCUAUCGCGAGGCCGUGCGAGCCGAACGAGAAGCGCGACUGAGGCCCCAUGAGGCCAAACCCAGCUGUCACGUGAGUGACUGUCUUAGCGAUUGGACCGGCUCCACUGUAAUUGCCUCUGACAAUGUGAUCGCCUAUCCCAAACUCAUCGAGAAGUACGUGGGUGGCGAGCUGGUUGUUCUGGGCACUGAUGGGUUCGGGCGCUCCGACACCCGAACGGCCCUGAGACGCUUCUUUGAGGUGGAUAGCGAGAGUGUCACCGUGGCGGCGUUGUCGGCGUUGUCCAGGUGGGUUUGGCUCCCCAGGAAGACGAACGCGACGAACGUGCCGUGGCUUUCGGAUCCUCCCAGACGCCCAGAUCCUGACAGGCCGCUUUCCGCCACAGGUGAGAGCGUGCUGAACUCUCAGGGCAACGAGGCGGCAGUUGAGGCUGCCUCACAGGCCGUGGAACAAGCCCGGCAAGGCAGCGUGGAGCGGCUGGCGGAGGCGAUCCGGCGGAAGGCCACCCUGCAACGAAGGCAAGCGCUGCAAGAGUUGGAUGGCCCCACGCAGCUAGCGCUGCUCACGGCCGCGGAGCAGCAGAUUGAGCGCGAAGCCAAGAAGUUCCACGAGGCGAAGUUCAGUAAGGGCGUGGCGUUGAUGCGGCUCUCCUUGGCACAGAUCGACCUGCAGCGCGGAGGCCUCUGCCGCUGCAGCAGUGCGGCAGACUUGGCGCAAGAUGCCAUGGCUGAGCUGACCGGUCACGCGGCGCUGGAAGCCCAGCUGCUGUGUGCCAGCGCUAAGUUGGCCUGUGGGGAUCCAGAGGCCCAGGCCGAUCAGGUCCUGGUCCUUGCCAGGUCUCGCAGUCUGGGUGACCGACGUUGGGAAGCCAUGGCCUUGCACGUCUUCGCGCUGAGCAAGGUCUUGCAAGGUACCUUGAGCGCAUACGAGGUGUCGAUGCUGCAGACCAGCGUGAAUUUGGGCCGCACUGCUUCUUUGCCAGAGAAGGAUCAAAUCUACAACGUGCAUAUUCCAAAAUCCGCUGGAAGCUCUUUUGCUCUCGAUGUGCAAGACAUUCUGCGGCCCUUGCAUUUGAUCAGUCAAGAGGGCUGUCUCUCGUUGCAUCGGAGCAAUCCACGUCUGAAGGGAGCCAUCACCAUGCUCCGGGAGCCGCGUGCGCAUGUCUUGUCGCAGUACAAGAUGUGCCGCAGCCAGUGGGUUGAGGAAUUCCGACAAGCGACCCGACAGAAGGGCCAACAUGCCCCCAGCGAGCGCCACCUCCGCGCCGAACGCCAGGUGUUGCCCCAUCGCUUCGAGAACUGGGUGGAGGCCUGGGAACGGAUCCGAGAAGAAGGCUGGCACGGCGACUUUACUCCAAGCGCCAACUUGGAAAGUCAGAAUGAUAUUGAGCUGAAGAUCCGAGAAACGCGAAUGGAAGCCUGGGGACAGCCGCCCUAUAGCAUUGACAAUGGCACCAAGCUGCGGAUGGAGGACUGGCCGUCACUGGAUGGUGGUGGAACGGUGUGGCAUUUCACCCGAGUUCCCUUCCAGUGCUAUGCCCCCAUCAAUCUGCAAAGUCAGAGGCUGAGUUGCCAGAAGCCACUGAGAUACGAGUCGGAGAUCGACAAGGAGCUUCUGAUUGAAAAUGUGAAUUCCCUCUGGUUCGUGGGCUUUGCAGAAGCGUACCAGUCGUCGAUUUGUUUGCUUCACUGGCGCUUCUCCCGUACAUUACCGCUAUUCUGCGAUUGCAACUCUGAAGUCUGGCACUCCUUUCAGGGACACAGCGAGAACCAGAAUAGCACCUAUCAUGGUGAGGUGAAACUGUCGCAGCUUGGGCGAAAAGUCUUGAAGAAGAUCGAUGCGCUUACGUCCACGGAUCGCUUCCUCUAUGGCUUCGCUUGGCGACGCUUCCUGCGAGACUGCGAGGAAGUGUAUCAGAGCACGGGGAAACGCAUCCUGUGA